GGCGGCUUUGGCGUCGUCUCGUCUCGUUAGUUUGUUGUUAGUUAGUACGAUGAGCGGAACAACACGGACAGGAUUGGUGCCCACACCAAAGCGGCAUAUUAAAUAUGUGAAAAAGCGCAAGAAUCUCUAUGCGGACGAUACGCGAAUGCCAUUGAAAUUUGAGGCGUCUCCAAUGCCAUUGUCGUUGCGUCCCUUUGGUGGCCUUUUCAAUCCCUUUGCCAAGGGCUGUUCGGUGCUGUGCAAUCAUCCGGCACCGUCGGGUGUCAAGGAAGUCAUCAACCAGCUGAAAACAUCGCUGGCCAUCGAGGGUAAGAGUCCCGUGCAGGCAGGAGGCAAGCAAAAGCAGCGGGAGGAGCAACUGCAUCAGCAUGAGACCGACAACAUACCAGAGGAUUUAUUCAGACGCUAUGCGGAAACUGAUUCCAGGCCGAUGACACCGACCCCAACGGUGACAAGCAUCCAUACCCGGACCAGUGCCGGGUCCUUCUAUCGACGCUGCAUUACGCCGGAGUGGGGCAAGCAUGAGAAUAUCCAGCGAAAGAAGAUCAUAUUGGAUCUGCGGAGAUCGCACUCGCAGGAGACGCUCUACUGGAAGCCCAGCUCGGAGCUAACCCAAAGCGGCAUCGAGGAGGGCAAGAAACCAAAGAGUGCGGGUGCCAACGAGGACAAAAAGCCCCGACGACAGCAGUCCAAUGAGCAACGACCCAAAUCCUCGCUAGGCACAGCCAACCUAACAACAGGCGUCGAUCCACACUCCGACCUGGACGCAAAGCCGCCCAAGACUUGCAUCAAUGAUCAUGACAUGAUGGAAGACGACGAUGCCCGACGUGGCAAAAAGCGCAAGAAGCUAAAACCAACGCAGGCCACCACCACAUUUCACCUGAGCGAGGAUCCUGAGACUCAGGUAGCUGCCUUGGGUCCCGAUUCUCUAAAUGCCAGCACCCGACCCAGUUUGAUACCCAAUGCCGUCAGUUUGCUGCCCAAGGAUAAGCGAGAAGCUGAGAGGGAUCCCAUCCUGCUUAAGGGCAGUUUCCUAACUGAGGAGGCUUUUCAGGCACUUAAAACGGAUCUAACUGUGGAUCUAAUUGAGAACACCUUUGGCAGAUAUCUCAAUCGCGCUCUCCGUGAAGCCAUCAAGUACAUGCCAAAAACAGUGCAGAGCAAACCAGCGGAGGAGGCGGACAAGGCCACGCCCAGUUCGAGUUCCAAGAUGCCACGCAAGUUCUCCAAAUCCGCCACACGCUUCGAUGUACCCAUGGAUCUGUCCAUGCUCAAGAACAUGACGCCCUGGGAUUACCUUAGCAAAUAUGUGUGGGUCUCGCAACAGCGCAAGCAACUUUAUAAGCGCGUCUUCCUCAAGUAUCUGAGUCGUUGCGAGGAACCGGAAAGCGAACUUGCGCUGGGAAAUGAUGAAGUGCCCCUCGUGGAGUACAAGGAACGCACCAUGGUGUGGCGCAGUUUGCCACAGGCAUUGGAGGAUGUCUUGGAGUUCCAUGGCACCGAAAAGAAUGUGAAAAAUACUCUCUCCCAUUUGGGUUACGAGCAGGAUGCCUGCGGCGAUUUGGAUUUUCGUGCCUGGUGCGGCAUCGUUUCCUUUGCGGAGCGCUUGGCGCUGUCGAGUGCUGCGUGCAGCGAUGAUGACUCCUGCGAUGAACUGGAAAAGUCCGAUUUCAAUAGCAUGGAGCAGUUGAUUGAACAGUUUGAAGUUCCACAGAAAUUAAGCGAAAUCUUUAAAAUCAUACGCUUCACACACAAAAUAAAGUAUUAAAUUUAAAUUUGAGUAUUGUUCGCCCGUUGAUAAUUUCGCGCGGCGUCUUAAACCGAGAGGUGGCAACCUUUCACAGAAAAAAUUUCAGAUCUGGCAAGUCGUACCUUUUUAGGUAAAAAGCAAGAAAAAAAGUAACUU